CGCAGGUUGAAAAUCUGCAGAGUGCAGAGGGAUGUAUGAUGUUUUGUUGUGUUGAUUCUGUACAUGAAAAAUAGAUUUUCUGCUCUAGGUUCUCUUUGCCAAAUCAUGAGACGUCAGUGUGCUUGGUAUAUCAGAAGAUAGACCCAGUGUGUAAAGGAAAGCAUUUUGGACAGACUGUUUUGCAGGGUCUGUUAUAGGAAAAAGGAAAAUGGUUUUAAACUAUAAAGGGAGAUUAGGUUGGGUAUAAGAAAAAAGCUUUUUAUGAUAGGGGUAGUGAAGCACUGAAACAAAUUGCCCAGCCCAGAGAGCUGGUGGAUAUCCCAUCCCUGGGGACAGUGAAGGUGAGGCUGGAUGGGGCUCUGAGCAAUUGAUGUAGCUGUAGGUGUCCCUGUUCAUUGCAGGGGAGUUGGACCAGAUGUUCUUUAAAGGGCCCUUCCAACUCAUUUGAUCAUUUGAAAGAUCAUUUGAUUCCGUGUCUUUCCUUUGGGACUUAGGAACGGUAGCUGCUCUGAUAAUGGUUGGUUAUAUCAUCUUGGUUGCACGAGUAACAGGUUUUGAAACAGCAACUGGGGAAAUGGGGCAAAUUUACUGUAUGAGUUAAGCGAGGGAGGUGGAAUGGUAUGAAUCUGACUGAGCAGAGAGAGGUCAGGUCACCGGUGUGGAGGAGUCAGUGAAUGGGAGCAGGCUGCUUGUGGUGUGGAGUAAGUAGGCUGUGUGGGAGCCGUGGGAGGUCAGUUAACAGAGUGGGAAUAGCAGUGGGUAGUUUUUUGUGAAGCUGUGCAUGCAACAGCAGGUUCAUUGUGUGAAGCAGUAAGAGGUGGGAUAGACAUUCAGAUUGGGGGUGGCAGUCAUAGAGGAAUUGUGCUGUUGUUUUAGAAACCAAGAAUGGGGUGGGGGUGGUAAUGUGCAACUGAAAAUAGACAGCGAAGGGGAUGGGAACAGCAAUAAAUGGGGAGAGGAUGGCAGAGCACAGCCUGUUAUUUAAAGCAGUGAGUGACAUAGGAGAUACGUAGCAGGCUGUGAAUAGUUUGAAGAAGGCAGGGACAGCCCAAAGGACAGUAGUUUUGUAUAGUGUCAAGACAUUCUGUGAUGUACAUGAAGUACAUGAGGAGGUUGUUGUUGGAUUGUUUUACCUCUUUACCUUUUGCCAGCCAGCGACAAGCUACAGAAAGCAAGGAGGGGAAGCUUGGGCUAAGGCAGAGCUCUGCUCAGGGCCGGGAGCUGCGUGCAGUUCGUUGCUCGCGGCUGUGCCGAGCAGCCGUAGCCGGCGGCCCUGACCCGCCUGGCUCUGUGACCUGGUUCCCACAGCGGCUGGCAGGGCUGCGUGUGACGAGGAGGCGGCCGGGGUCAGCUGCAGCGCCCGUCGCUGCCAGGUGCGAGGGGGAGGAGUUCAGCCGGCUCCUGACAGGGGCCGCUGCCGCUCGGAGCGGGUUUCCGUACGACUUCUGUACUCGCCGCGCUGCCGCCCGAGGCGAGUGGGAACUGCGGUGCGGGAGCUGAAAGGGGCCGCAGCGAGCGGGAGGACGAGACGACGCGGCCAGCCCUGCAGCCGCCUGCGGACGAGCCAAGCAGAUGACGCUCCUUGGAACUGCAUUCCCGAUCCCCAGCGGCGGCCGCUCCCGGCCCCCGGUGAGAGCCUUUCCCUCUCCGGGGGAUCAUCCGCCCGGGAUCCCCGCGGCCGACGGAUGCGGCCUGGCCGAUGCCUGGCUGGUGAUUCAUGGCAGGGGACGUGGAAGGGUUUAGCUCCUCCAUCCAUGACACCAGUGUCUCUGCUGGAUUCAGAGCACUGUAUGAGGAGGGAUUGCUUCUUGAUGUCACACUUGUCAUUGAAGACCACCAAUUUCAGGCCCAUAAAGCACUGCUUGCCACCCAGAGUGAUUACUUCAGGAUUAUGUUCACAGCUGACAUGCGGGAACGAGAUCAGGACAAAAUCCAUUUGAAAGGUCUGACAGCUACAGGCUUCAGUCAUGUCCUCCAAUUCAUGUAUUAUGGAACUAUUGAACUGAGUAUGAACACUGUUCACGAAAUCCUUCAGGCUGCCAUGUACGUCCAGCUUAUAGAGGUGGUAAAAUUUUGCUGCUCUUUUCUCCUAGCUAAAAUCUGCCUAGAAAACUGUGCAGAAAUCAUGAGACUUCUGGAUGAUUUUGGUGUAAACAUCGAAGGAGUCAGGGAAAAAUUAGACUCUUUCCUGCUAGAGAAUUUUGUGCCGCUCAUGUCCAGACCUGACUUCCUUUCAUAUCUGAGCUUUGAAAAGCUCAUGUCUUACUUGGAUAAUGAUCAUCUGAGCAGGUUUCCAGAGAUAGAGCUGUAUGAAGCUGUUCAGGCCUGGCUGCGCCAUGAUAGAAGACGCUGGAGGCAUACGGACACCAUCAUUCAGAACAUCAGGUUUUGUUUGAUGACACCAUCCAGUGUUUUUGAGAAGGUAAAAACAUCAGAGUUUUACCGAUACUCCCGGCAGCUGCGACAUGAGGUUGACCAAGCCAUGAAUUACUUUCAUAGCGUUCACCAGCAGCCUUUGAUGGAAAUGAAAUCGAACAAAAUUCGUUCUGCCAAACCCCAGACUGCCGUGUUUAGAGGAAUGAUAGGACACAGUAUGGUAAACAGUAAAAUUCUUCUCUUGCACAAACCGAGGGUCUGGUGGGAACUAGAGGGUCCUCAAGUACCUUUACGACCAGACUGCCUUGCCAUUGUGAAUAACUUUGUGUUCCUGUUAGGUGGGGAAGAACUGGGGCCAGAUGGUGAGUUUCAUGCUUCAUCCAAAGUGUUUAGAUAUGACCCAAGACAGAACACUUGGUUACGAAUGGCAGACAUGUCUGUCCCGCGUUCUGAGUUUGCUGUUGGAGUUAUUGGGAGGUACGUUUAUGCAGUGGCUGGGAGAACCAGGGAUGAAACCUUUUAUUCAACUGAACGGUAUGAUAUUACUGAAGAUAAAUGGGAAUUUGUAGAUCCCUAUCCAGUCAAUAAAUAUGGACAUGAAGGAACUGUGCUGGGUAACAAGUUGUAUAUCACUGGUGGAAUUACAUCAUCUUCAACUUCUAAGCAAGUGUGUGUAUUUGAUCCCAGUAAAGAAGGGACAGUAGAGCAGCGAACAAGGAGAACUCAAGUGGUCACUAACUGUUGGGAGAACAAAUGCAAAAUGAAUUAUGCAAGAUGCUUUCACAAAAUGAUUUCUUACAAUGGUAAGCUUUAUGUCUUUGGAGGUGUCUGUGUGAUCCUCAGGGCUUCCUUUGAAUCUCAAGGAUGUCCCUCUACAGAGGUUUACGACCCUGAUACUGAUCAGUGGACUAUAUUGGCUUCUAUGCCAAUUGGUAGGAGUGGUCACGGUGUAGCUGUUCUGGACAAACAGAUAAUGGUUCUUGGAGGCCUCUGUUACAAUGGUCAUUACAGUGACUCAAUUCUCACCUUUGAUCCAGAGGAAAACAAGUGGAAAGAAGAUGAAUACCCAAGGAUGCCCUGCAAGCUGGAUGGCUUACAGGUCUGCAGCUUGCACUUCCCUGAAUAUGUUUUGGAACAUGUUAGACGUUGCAGCUGAAACAGAAUAAACACCCUCAGUGAAAUAUGAAAAGCUGAAUCUUAUUUGUCAGAAAAAAAGUAGAUCAUUCCGAAAGUAAUGCCUCCUAUUUAUUUCCAAGGAAACUACGACAUACACAAAGAGCACAGUAACAUUACUUGAUUGAGCAAGUUCUUGGCUGCAAAAUGCUGUUUUUCACCAUAGUCACCACCAUGGGCUAUGCAUUCUCGACUGUAACGAGCAAGAGCCUGCAUGCUGUGCUUGUGAAAACCUGUACCAGCGGAGUUGACCCAUUGUUCUACGGCUGCUUUGAUGGCAUAGUUCAUAGGAAAAUGUUGUCCGUGCAGUCUGUCUUUCGUCGGCUCAAACAAAUGGAAAUCAGAGGGCCCCAAAUCCAGGUAAUACGAUGGAUGUGGUGGAACAGUCCAGCCUAGAUUGGCAGUGUGAUCCACAGUCUUCAAACUAGUAUGGGGCAUGGAGUUACUAUGUUACAGGAGAAAGGCCCUCUUCUUUUUUGGUUUAUGUCACGUCCCACCUGUCAGCUAGUUGUCACGGCAACAGCUUUGCACUGCAAGUGUUUGAGACAUACCAAGCACACCCCAAAAGGUCAUAAAGUAUUUUUUGUUGAUCUUUUACAGCCUCGCUCUGGAUUAAGCCUUCAGCUUAAUCAGCACUAUGAUGGAGCGGUCAGAGAUGAUGGUUUAUCUGGCUUCCAGGAAAUCUAGAAGGAUCACCGCCUUUAUAUCCCAAAAGACUGCACACAUUUUACCUGCUGACGGCUGCAUCCUGAACUUUUUGUGAGGAAUUCAUGCUCUGUGAACUGCUGUUUUGACACUGGCUCAAAAUUUUGAGAGCAAAUCUCAUUAUCAGUAAUGCGAUCCAGAAAACCGUCACUUUCAGCCUUGCACUGGAUUCCUGGUCAUAACUCACUGAUUCACGCAAGUGGUCUGAUCGAGACACUCUUCAUUUCAUGAUGUGACAGCUGUGUACAGCCAUCUGGAACAUAGCUUGUCUUUCACAUCACUUAGCACUGCUGAAAUGCACCACCCGCUGCCUCACUGUGCUCACAUCCACUGUUGAUCUCCAGAAACGUUCAGCAUGCGUCAGUGAAUGUCAGUGGGUGCAAUUGUUUCCUGUUUUAUUGGAGGAAUUUCAGUCACACACACUUCACACCCACUUCCCCAGACUGCCCGUCUGCUGUCAUCUGUCACAUGGCAACAAAAUGUAGUGGACUAUUGGAGGGAAAGUUCAACUUCUACUGCUAUACCACCGCCAUCUGCCUCCAACAUUGUGAGCCAACAUAAUACAAUAGGAGGCAUUACUUUUGGAGCAGCUAACAUACAAUCUAGUUGAAUUCCUUCAGAGACGUUAGCAUGUUGUGUGUAAGGACAACUGCUAAAUGCUUAAGAGAAACACGAUUUACAGGGAGAAUACUUACCAAGUUUGUUAGAAAAGCCAAUAGUUGGUCUGAUACUGUAAAAGUUGUGGGAUUUGUUUUUGUUUUGUUUUAACAAAUGCAGUUGUAAACAGGGGAAAGAAAAUAUAUAUUUUGGGGUGUGCUUAUUCUUUUGAUAGCAUUUCAUGUCCAUACUUGUUUGAUUUUUUGUUUUUUGUUUGUUUUCCUGUGGCCACGGUACCAGAUUUCUUCUGAAAUCAAUUGAGUUUAACAAAACAUUUGUGGAAGGAAGAAAGACCUGAUUCUCUUUUUUUAUUGAGCAUCAAAGUAGAACUCAUAAGCUGUAGUAGGAUACAAUUAAGUUUAAAAGAACAAAGCUAAAACCAUUUUUGUGUUUUAUGUUGUGUUUGGAUGCUCUUCCCAUUAACUGCACAGUACUCUCACAUCUGCAAGGUGUUUCUGUUUUCCCUUAAAUACUGUUAAGUAUAACCUCCAGUCUCUUUGCAUGUGUUUUUUUCCAAGUUUUGUAUAUUAGUACUGGUAAGUCUGCCAAAAUGUGAAUUACACAUUUUCUACUGAAUUGAAAAAACUUUAACUUUUUAAAAAUAUUAUUAUUUAAAACACUA